AUGGUGGGUCUGGUGUGGCCAGCCCUCCUCCCGGUGUCUGCGCAUCCUGAGAGCUUCAGUGUAAAGGAGUAUCGGGGGGAGCCGGGCUGUCGGAGACAGGAGAAAAGGCACCGUCUCCCUUAUGGCCGCGUAGCGCAGACUCACCGCAUCUGGGACUGAGAUCUACCGAAACCUGAAUUGACCCAGAUCUGUUAACGGGCAUCGAGAUGGCAAGGUGGUCUUCAAGGUGGAGGACCAAACGCCAACUUUCGGAGUCCUCUUUGGCCGUCUUCAUCACUUUAACUUUGGUCUUAAAUGCAGCGGAGGCGGAGCCCGUUGACGUGCUGAAUGCAUUAGAGUUUGACAGCGGCCGCGAGGGAGUCCACAAGGUGAUGGGGUUCUGUGCCCACCGGAGGGCAUCGGCGCCGGACACAGCCUAUAGGGUGGAGAAGUCGGCGCAGAUGAGCGCCCCCACGAGGCAGCUCUUCCCAGGGGGAGUUUUCCCAGAAGAUUUCUCCAUCCUCACCACUGUCAGGCCCAAGGCUCGGACUCAGGCCUUCCUGCUAUCAGUGUACAGUGAGCAGGGUGUACAGCAGCUGGGGUUGGAGGUUGGCCGUGCACCCAUCUUCCUGUACGAGGACCAGCACGGCAGCCCCCGGCCCGAGGACUACCCCCUGUUCCGUAGUGUGAACCUCGCCGAUGGAAAGUGGCAUCGGGUGGCUAUCAGCGUCCACCGGAAAGAGGUGAGCAUCACUGUGGACUGUAAGAAGAAGAUCACCAAGACCCUCAACAGGACUGACAAUGCGGUCAUCAGCACGGACGGCAUCACUGUCUUCGGUACCAGGCUUCUCGACGAGGACGUCUUUGAGGGCGACAUUCAGCAGCUGCUGAUUGUGGAUGAUCCUAGGGCAGCUGAUGAGUACUGUGUCCACUACAGUCCUGACUGCGACACCCCCCACCGGGACCGCCCCCAGGCCCAGGAGCCCGAGGAUGAGCACCCCACUGAUGAUUCGCUGUACAAUGAGUUCUAUGACUACAGUGAUGGGGGGGGCAUUGAGACAGCAGCUGCGCCAACAGGAGAGGCUUAUUCUAACCAUGAGGUGAACAAUGUCGAUAGUGAAUAUUAUACCGAGGGCGACAUUGACUACGGAACGACAGACAGCUACCAGCCUCAGUCUGCUGUCGACCCCCCCGGACCAAACGAGGCUAAGGCUGCUGAAGAGGACUUUCUUGAUGGUCUUACUGAAGUGGAGCAGGUGGGUCUGGAGCCCACUGCCGCGGCUGGGACAGUGGAGACGCUGGACCAAGGAGAACCGGAACGGGACAGAGCAGAGCACACGUACGACUUUAAGGAGUAUGACCUGAAGGAGUAUGAUGGCGGGGAGUUUGAUAAUAAGCAGUAUGAAUUCGGGCCGUAUGAGGAGUUUGGGAUUAGCGAGGCCAAACCCACCGCACCUGUGUAUGACGACGAGUUUGGCCCCGGCGUUCCAGCCGAGAUCGACGUCACGGAGACCAAGGUUGGAGGGGAGGAAAGAUAUUUCGGAGAAAAGGGCGAGAAAGGGGAACCGGCCGUCGUUGAGCCCGGAAUGCUCAUUGAAGGCCCCCCAGGACCAGCAGGCCCCGCAGGUCUUCCAGGCUCUCCUGGUCCACAGGGUCCUCCUGGCCCAGCUGGUGACCAUGGUGACAGGGGUCCCCCUGGGCGAGCUGGGCUCCCUGGAUCAGACGGUGUACCAGGGCCACCAGGAACCAUCCUGAUGCUCCCGUUCCGCUUCGGAGGGGACAUCGAUAAGGGCCCUGCGGUGUCUGCCCAGGAGGCCCAGGCACAAGCCAUCCUGUCCCAAGCCAGGAUGGCCAUGAGGGGUUCCCCUGGUCCGAUGGGUCUCACAGGAAGAUCUGGGCCUGUGGGCCUCCCGGGAGUGCCGGGCCUUAAAGGUGAAUCUGGAGAUCCGGGAAUGCAGGGUCCACGGGGAAUCCAAGGUCCAGCGGGUCAAGUUGGCAAACCUGGGAAAAGGGGGCGCUCAGGAGCCGACGGGGCCAGAGGAAUGCCUGGAGAAUCUGGGUCCAAGGGGGAGAGGGGCUUUGACGGGCUUCCGGGCCUCCCUGGGGAGAAGGGACACAGGGGUGAGACAGGCACGCAGGGUCCCCCCGGACCCUCUGGAGAGGACGGACAGAGGGGAGAAGAUGGAGAGAUCGGCCCCCGAGGUCCAGCGGGAGAAAGCGGUCCAAGAGGAUUGCUCGGUCCAAAAGGACCUUCCGGCCCUCCUGGACAGCCUGGUGUGGCUGGGGUGGAUGGUCCUCCUGGUCCCAAAGGGAAUAUGGGACCUCAAGGAGAGCCUGGUCCUCCAGGUCAGCAGGGGAUCGCCGGCACCCAGGGUCUCCCUGGGCCUCAGGGUCCUAUUGGACCACCGGGUGAGAAGGGACCUCAGGGUCGCUCGGGUUUGCCUGGCCUGCCUGGUUCUGACGGACCCCCUGGUCACCCUGGGAAGGAAGGCCCCCCUGGGGAGAAAGGAGCGUUGGGUCAGCCUGGGCCCCAGGGCCCCAUCGGGUACCCCGGGACACGCGGAGUGAAGGGAGCUGACGGUGUCCGCGGGCUCAAGGGCAGCAAGGGAGAGAAGGGUGAAGACGGUUUUCCUGGCUUUAAAGGUGACAUGGGCCUGAAGGGUGACAGGGGCGAGGCCGGCAUCAUCGGUUCCCGCGGUGAGGACGGACCUGAGGGCCCCAAAGGACGAGCAGGCCCCACUGGAGAGUUGGGCCCCAUCGGCCAUGCGGGAGAGAAGGGAAAACUAGGCGUCCCCGGAUUGCCUGGAUUCCCAGGAAGACAGGGGCCCAAGGGUUCCAGUGGUUUCCCUGGAUUCCCAGGAGCCAACGGAGAGAAAGGAGCCCGGGGUGUGGCUGGCAAACCUGGUCCCAGCGGGCAAAGAGGUCCAACGGGUCCACGUGGUGCUCGAGGUGCCAGAGGCCCAACCGGAAAAUCAGGCCCAAAGGGCACCUCUGGCAACGACGGUCCUCCAGGUCCUCUCGGUGAAAGAGGACCUCAAGGACCCCAGGGCCCUGUGGGAUUCCCGGGGCCAAAAGGCCCCCCUGGCCCCCCCGGGAAGGACGGGCUGCCUGGUCACCCCGGGCAGCGUGGAGAGACGGGCUUCCAAGGAAAGACUGGCCCGCCCGGGCCAGGGGGCGUCGUUGGCCCGCAGGGACCCACCGGGGAGACGGGCCCCAUCGGAGAAAGAGGACACCCAGGGCCCCCUGGCCCCCCAGGCGAGCAGGGCCUUCCCGGGGCCGGAGGGAAAGAGGGAGCCAAGGGAGACCCUGGCCCUCCUGGGACUUCUGGAAAGGAUGGACCCCCUGGCCUCAGAGGAUUCCCCGGGGAGCGAGGCCUGCCUGGAGCACAGGGUCCACCUGGCUUGAAAGGAGGAGAGGGCCCCCAGGGGCCACCAGGGCCAGUCGGGUCUCCUGGAGAGAGAGGUGCUUCCGGUCCUGCAGGGCCCAUUGGACUUUCAGGGCGGACGGGACCCCAGGGACCCCCGGGGCCGGCUGGAGAGAAGGGAGCCCCAGGUGAGAAAGGUCCACAAGGACCAGCUGGCCGGGACGGGAUUCAGGGCCCAGUUGGACUCCCCGGCCCCCCAGGAGCUCAGGGCCCACCUGGGGAGGAUGGAGACAAGGGAGAAGUCGGAGAACCAGGGCAAAAGGGAAGCAAAGCAGACAAGGGUGAACAAGGUCCUCCUGGCCCAGCAGGUCUCCAGGGUCCUGUCGGUGCUCCUGGACCCGCUGGUGCCGAUGGAGAGCCUGGCCCCAGGGGCCAGCAGGGUAUGUUUGGACAGAAGGGAGAUGAGGGGCCCAGAGGUUUCCCGGGCCCCCCAGGGCCCAUCGGACUGCAGGGUCUUCCUGGACCUCCGGGUGAGAAGGGAGAGAACGGAGAUGUUGGACCAAUGGGGCCACCUGGACCGCCAGGCCCAAGAGGACCACAAGGACCCAGCGGAGCUGACGGCUCCCAAGGUCCCCCCGGAGGCGUGGGUGCGGUGGGAGCCGUGGGAGAGAAGGGUGAGCAAGGAGAAGCGGGUAACCCCGGACCCCCCGGAGAGGCCGGCACUUCGGGCCCCAAAGGUGAGCGAGGGGAAAAGGGAGAGGCUGGACCACCUGGUGCUGCUGGGCCAGCUGGCACCAAGGGUCCCCCUGGAGAUGACGGCCCCAAGGGCAACCCAGGUCCUGUGGGAUUUCCCGGAGACCCCGGCCCCCCUGGUGAGCCGGGCGUUGCUGGGAUCGAUGGUCUUCCUGGAGACAAGGGAGAGGAUGGUGAACCUGGUCAGCCUGGUUCUCCUGGUCCUUCUGGAGAAGCUGGACCACCUGGUCCACCGGGCAAGAGAGGGCCCCAGGGAGCUGCUGGUGCUGAGGGUCGACAGGGAGAGAAGGGUGCAAAGGGGGAACCUGGUGUAGAGGGUCCUCCAGGCAAAACUGGGCCUGUGGGCCCCCAGGGGCCCCCUGGAAAGCCUGGUCCCGAGGGCCUACGUGGCAUCCCAGGGCCUGUGGGCGAGCAGGGACUUCCUGGAUCCCCGGGCCAGGAUGGCCCCCCCGGACCCCUGGGGCCUCCCGGUCUGCCUGGUUUGAAGGGCGAUUCGGGCUCUAAAGGUGAAAAGGGUCACCCCGGUCUCAUAGGCCUGAUUGGUCCACCUGGAGAGCAGGGCGAGAAGGGAGACCGGGGGCAGCCGGGACCACAGGGCACCCCCGGUAACAAGGGCGACAUCGGUGUCACCGGAGCAUCCGGUCCAGUCGGACCCCUCGGCCCCCCCGGUUUGCCUGGUCCUCAAGGUCCCAAGGGUGCCAAAGGCUCCACGGGGCCCGUUGGACAGAAAGGGGAUGCUGGCCUGAUUGGGCCACCUGGUCCCCCUGGUCCUCCUGGUGAAGUCAUCCAGCCCCUGCCCAUCCAGUCCCCGAAGAAGACAAGACGGUCAUCGGACACUCAGGCAGACGAGGCCGAGAGCAUGAUGGACUACAGCGAGGGCAUGCAGGACAUCUUUACAUCACUGAACAACCUCAAGCAGGACAUCGAGCGCAUGAAGUACCCAAUGGGCACGCAGGGGAACCCAGCCAGAACCUGCAAGGACCUGCAGCUCUGCCACCCUGACUUCCCUGACGGGGAGUACUGGAUCGACCCAAAUCAGGGCUGUGCAGGGGAUUCUUUCAAAGUGUUCUGCAACUUCACGGCUGGUGGUGAGACCUGCAUCUACCCAGAUAAGAGAUCCUCAGGCGUCAGAAUAUCUUCGUGGCCAAAAGAAGUUCCAGGGUCCUGGUUCAGUGAAUUUAAACGUGGUAAAAUGCUGUCAUAUGAGGAUCUUGAGGGCAACCCAAUAAACAUGGUGCAGAUGACGUUCCUGAAGCUCUUGACGGCUUCAGCCAGGCAGAACUUCACCUACCACUGCCACCAGUCAGUGGCCUGGCACGACGCCACGUCGGACAGCUACGACAAAGCACUGAGGUUUCUGGGGUCAAAUGACGAGGAGAUGUCCUACGACAACAGUCCCUACAUCAGUGUGCUCACAGACGGCUGUGCGCCGAGGAGCGGCUAUGGGAAAACGGUCCUGGAGAUCAACACCCCCAAAAUCGACCAGGUGCCCAUCGUCGAUGUGAUGCUCAGUGACUUUGGGGAUCCAAGCCAGAAGUUUGGGUUCGAGGUUGGUCCAGUCUGCUUCCUCGGGUGAAGCCAGAGGGAGGGACAGACCAGCGGGCAGGCAACCCAGCCGCCGCCCACCACCAUGCCACAUGCAAGUUCUGAAUGGGAGCCGAGCAGCGAACAAGCCCUCGCUGUACGCGUUACCUAGGAAACAGCCGUCGCCCUUGUAGGGCCCCAGUCACAUGACUUAACCCUUGUACAGAUAAAUGUGAAGGACAUUUAAUUCUGUGGCGGAGAGCAGAGAGAAGGCGCAACACAGACCGCCCCCUGGUGGAUUCCCAUGGUGCUGCAAGAAAGCAGGAGCUGCAGAGGUGCUUUCAUAGAUCCAGGUGCUAAAUGGUGUGUUUCCAUACGUGUAAUUAUUAUUAUUUUGUACAAUAUGGUUACUUCUGAAUCCACUUUCAAAACUUGCAUGUGUUUCAAAACUGCAAUCGGGCCUUAAUUGUUGGUAUCAGAAAAAAUGAAAUAAACCCAUAUUGUCAGCAAACAUGGCGUACCUCUUUAAUGAAGCUGAUUAAUUAAACAAGGGCUCAGACAGCCCACGCUUUCCGAUUUCCAUCUCCGCCUCCAUUGUAUAUAUUCUCUGUGCAAAGCCGUUAGAUUGUCAGCCUAAUUGAACUGGGCGGCUUCCACCAGCACACAAAAAUAUCUUUCCACUGACUUUGCAUUAUUCUUUGUUUUAAGCAAUCACGGCAAUAAUAUUUAAUUUUAAUUGAUUUGUUUUUUGUAUUUCUGGUCAUAUACCUCAAAAUUUCUAGUUAAUUCUUAAGGAUGCCCUGUAUAUACAAUGGAUAAACGAUUAUAUGUGUUUUGGGUGGGGAAUUUCAAAGUCACUAAUAUUUUAGGCAUAUUUUGUUCAAAUUGCUUUGUGAAUGCAAUGGUACGGCCUUUUAGAUCAGCCUGUUUUGUAACUAAAAUGAGAAUGUUUUCUUGUGCUGUUUAUGGUUCAUUUCAAAUAUUAAAAUGGAUUCU